CCCCCCAUCCAUAGGCAGCCAUGGCUGACCCCAGCCACAUCCAGUCGGCCGCUUCCAAGAGCAUCCGUCCCUUCCGCUCGAGCGAGGAGUACCUGGAGGCCAUGAAGGAGGACCUGGCCGAGUGGUUCAACACCCUCUACGACCUGGACAUCCAUGCAGACACCUUCCUGGAGAGCCUGGAGACGGGCGCUCACCUCUGCCGCCACGCCAACAACGUCACCCGCAGCGCCCGCGCCUUCCAGCGCCGCCACCCGGACCCGGGUACCCGCGUCCCCCGCAACGAGGUGCUCUUCCAGGCCAAGAACGUGGCGCCGGGCUCCUUCGUGGCCAGGGAUAACGUCUCCAACUUCAUCCGGUGGUGCCGGCAGGAGCUGGGCAUCCAGGACGUGCUCAUGUUCGAGACCAACGACCUGGUGCUGAAGAAGAACGAGAAGAACUUUGUGCUCUGCCUGCUGGAGGUGGCGAGGCGCGGAGCCAGGUUCGGUAUGCUGGCCCCCAUGCUCAUCCAGAUGGAGGAGGAGAUCGAGGAGGAGAUGAGGGACCCAACGGGGACCCGGCGCCAGGAGGGCCGGGACACACAAGCACCCUCGUACCCCGGAAGGGCCCGACCCAUCUCUCUCUGUGACCUGAAGAACCUGGAUGAGCUGGUGCGGGAGAUCCUGGGGUGCUGCUCCUGCCCCUCCCAGUUCCCCAUGGUCAAGGUCUCGGAGGGGAAAUACAAAGUGGGGGACUCCAACACCCUCAUCUUCGUGCGGGUGCUCCGGAGCCACGUGAUGGUGCGUGUGGGGGGCGGAUGGGACACCCUGGAGCAUUACCUGGACAAGCAUGACCCGUGCCGCUGCGCCUCGCUUGCCCACCGCCAGCCCCGAGCCCCCCCCGCCUGCCCCAGCCCCGGAUCCCCCCGGCGCCCCCCUGGCAGAGCCGUGGGGCUCACGGGCACCCCCAGGCCCGGCUCCAGGCAGGAGGGGGGGUCCCCACGGGGGGCUCCGGCCCCACAGCCCGGCCCCGGCAGCCCCAGCAGGAGCCCCGCACGCACCGCGCUCAGGCCCCGCGCCCGCCGCUGCUCCGGCGACAGCGACUCCUCGGCCUCCUCCGUGCCCGGCGCCCCCUGGAGCACCCCGAGAUCCCGUGCGGGGCCGCGCUCCCGCAGCCCGGGCCCCCCCCCCCCCCCGCAGCAGCCGCAGCCGCUGCUCCUCGUGAGCCGGGACCCCGCCGGGCAGCACUCGUGGAGCCUGGGCCCGGCGCGGGAGGAGCCGGAGCGGGGCCCCCGCUGGAUGGAGCCCGCUCAGGAGCAGCGGCUGCUGCGGGAGCUGGAGCGGGAGCUCCUCGCCAACACCCGCGCCAUGGCCCAGCUGGAGGGGCCCGAGCCGCCCCCCGCGCCCCCCGCCGCGGACUCCGCCUAUUGCUCCUCCAGCUCCUCCUCCUCCUCCCUCAGCCUCUUCGCCAAGCACGGAGCCACCGCUCCCCCCCGCACCGCCCAUGCGGGGCCGCGGCCCCCCCAGGGCAGCUCCUCCGACGAGAGCGGGGACGGCCCCGGCUCCGACACGGACUGGGGAGCGGUGGAGGACGAGGAUGAGCCCCCCCCACCGCGGCCCUGCGCCCGGCCCCGCCUGGACACGCAGCCCCAUAGGAAGCCGUCGAGGAUCCCCACGCCGAGGGGCUGUGGGGCAGCGCCCCCCCGCAGCAGCAGCCCCAAAGCUGGGGGGCACCGGUCAUGGGGGGCUCUGCAGAGCGUCCUCUCCUCCUUCCUGGAGCCCGCCUGGGCCCCGCGGGAGCACCAGGGGCUGGAGGAGGACUCGUGGCCAUGA